CAUCUACCAGUUGCCAUGUCCCACAGGCGAGAAACUUUGCCAACAACUCCUAGCCCAGGUCGCAGGACUCGGUCGUUGACUCAGGCUGAACAUGAACGUGCCACUCAAUCUGUAGAAGCACGGCCUGUUGCCUCUCGAGCUCGAACAAACAUGCAAUCUGCUCCCUUGACACCUCCUCGGACGGUCCACCAGUAUAGCACUGCCCACAAUCACUUGCGAUUGAGAGCAUUAGCAACACCCAUACCUUCCUCCAAUUUGCCCCCAUCUACACCUGAACCUUCAGAGGCUUUGCCAACAAAUAUUAGCCCAGGCUGCAGGAUUCGACUGUGGUUGGCUUGGGUUGGAUAUGAAAGUGCCACUCGAUCCUCAGAAGCAGGGUCUGAACAAGCAUCUGCCUCCCGAGUUACAACAAAUGCGCAUUGUGUUCCCCUGACACCUCCUCGUACAGUCCGCCAGUACAGUGCGGCGCAUAAUCGCUUGCGACUGGGAGCAUUAGCUUUACCCGACUCGUCCUCUGACUUUCCGCCAUCUGUGUCUGAAUCUUCAUUAGCUUCACCCGCCCCUUCCUCUGACUCUGUGCCAUCUAUGUCCGAAUUUCUUCAGUUGACCGGUGUUUUCUCCUCUCCAACCAACAUUCCUGCUCAAGCCGCCCCACAAGAAAGUGAUCAUCAGAAACUACAGCGGCUGAGUGUCCAAUUUGCACAGGGAUCAUGGCGAACCCAUUUGUGUCAGUAUGACAUGCCAACUUUCCAAUUUCCCCUAUUGAGACAAAUUUUCCUAGAUUACGCUGCCUCCACACUUUUUGUGGCCAUUGCAUCUGCAGAACGUUUGCCGAUCAGGUACAGCCACGUCUUCAGUGUACUGCUGGGUCUCUUUUAUCCCACAAAGAACACAAGUAUGAUUGCCAUGCCGUUCCGACGAGCCUGA